AUGUGCAAAUUAAAGAGCACAGAUGCAGAUCAGUUCCAUAAUGACCAACGCAAUCUGCCAAGAGCAGAGCAAAUUAGCGUAGAGCUGAUAGUGUCCACUCUUCCUGUGGAGAGGAGAACACUGAAGUCCACUGUGCCAGAGGGAGCCGACACACAUGCUGAAUGUCUGCUGGUCAGACAGGCCUGUCAAUAUUAUAACUCCCAGCUGCAUGUGAUCCAGUAUAAAUAUGAGGAGUAUGCAGCGGACUACCGCACGCUGCCCAGGAAGCUGUGUAAAUCAGAGAAGUUGCCCUCUCACUCCUUUGAGAUCGACCAUGAAGAUGUGGACAAAGAUGAGGACACAACUUCUCUGUCAUCAUCUAAAGGAGGAGGUGGAGCAGGGAGUGGAGGUGCAGGGGGAAUCGGGGUGUUUAAGUCCGGCUGGCUCUAUAAAGGCAACUUUAACAGCACUGUCAACAACAGUAUCACCGUCCGGUCCUUCAAGCGAAGAUAUUUUCAGUUGACUCAGCUAACUGACAACUCUUACAUCAUGAACUUCUAUAAAGAUGAGAAGAUAUCAAAGGAACCUAAAGGCUGUAUAUUUCUGGACUCGUGCACCGGGGUGGUUCAGAAUAACCGCCUGAGGAAACACGCCUUUGAGUUGAAAAUGAUCGAAGUGACAUAUUUUGUCCUGGCUGCCGAGAACGAGCAAGACAUGGAUGAUUGGAUCAACACUCUCACACGCAUCCUGCAGAUCAGCCCUCCGGACGGCCCGGCUCUGGAUCGCAAGAGCGCGGACCUGAGUGACAGCAAACACGAGAUCACUGAUGUGUCAUCGAAUCAUGUCCCUGUUCAAAAACACGAGGAAACGACUGAAAACGGCAUCCACCCUGAACUGGCCAAGUAUAUUUCUGAGACCGAGGAAUCAGCGAGAGCUGCCAGAGGAGAGGAAAGACUCAACCUGUUCUCUCUGGAUCCUGAUAUUCCUGUUUUGAGGAGUCCCAGGAUGGAGUCUGCUUCUGUCCAGCCGUUCGAGGAGAAACUCGGGAAGAGACUGAUGAUCUCCUGCCGCUCGCUCAACCUCUCACUGCAGGGCUGCGUCAACGAGACCGACGCUGAGCCAGUGACUAAUAUCGAGCCUUUCUUCGUGUCGGUUUCUCUGCUGGACAUCCGUGAGGGCAGGAAGGUUUCCGCUGACUUCCACAUGGACCUAAACCACGAGGUUGUGCGGCAGAUGCUCAGUAGCUCUGGUAGUGAAGGAGAUCAAGGCUCGGAUGGUGCUCCGCAGGAAAAUGGCCUCAGCUCGCCUGCAGAGAAGAAAAGCGAGGACUGCCAGUUGAGCCCAGAGCUGGAGAACUGGCUGCACUUCACCAGUCAGGCGAUCUUUUCCAUCACAAACCCGCACACAGACAUCGUGAUGGUGGCACGCGUGGAGAAAGUGCUGAUGGGAAAUAUUUCCAGCGGUGCAGAACCCUACAUUAAAAACACAGAUUCCAGCAAGACUGUCCAAAAGAUGCUGAAAUCCAACAAGCAAUUCUGUAGCAAACUUGGAAAGUACCGAAUGCCUUUUGCCUGGUCUGUAAGGUCAGUAUUUAAGGACAACCAGGGCACAGUGGACCGGGAAAGUCGCUUCUCUCCGCUCUUCAAACAGGAGAGCAACAAGAUUUCCACAGAAGACCUCAUCAAGCUCAUCACAGAGUACAGGAGGGCAGAGAAGGCCAGUAAACUCCAGAUCAUCCCUGGAAACCUUGAAAUAAACGUGGACUGUGUUCCCAUGGAAUGUCCCAACUGUGUGACGUCCUCGUGUGUGGCUCUGAGGCCGUUCCAGGACUGCGCUCUUCACGCUCCGACGGUGGAGGUGGACGAGUUCCUGCAGGACUCUUCUAAGUUUGCUCAGCCUUACAGAGUCUACAAGAAUCACAUCUACAUCUACCCCAAGCACCUCAAGUAUGACAGCCAGAAGAGCUUCACAAAGGCUCGAAACAUUGCCGUUUGCGUGGAGUUCAGAAGCUCUGAUGAAGAACAUGCCAAGCCACUUAAGUGCAUCUAUGGAAAGCCAGGAGGUCCGGUGUUUACCACGACUGCCUGCUCCACCGUUCUGCAUCACUCACAGAACCCAGACUUUUAUGAUGAGGUGAAGAUUGAGCUGCCCACACAUCUUCAUGAGAAACACCAUUUACUCUUCUCCUUCUAUCAUGUGACCUGUGACAUCAAUGCCAAGACCAGCUCUAAGAAGAAAGAGGCUCUGGAGACUCCAGUGGGCUAUGCGUGGCUGCCUCUUCUGAAGGAUGGACGUGUUUCCUCUCAGGAUUUCAGUAUUCCAGUCUCGUGCACAUUGCCUGAUGGAUAUCUACACAUUAAAGAGCCUUCGUCCACCAAAAAUGGCUCGGAUGUGAAGUGGGUCGACGGGGGGAAGCCGAUCUUCAAAGUGUCCACUUCGGUGCUUUCUACAGUUUAUACUCAGGACCUCCAUCUAAACCGCUUCUUCCAGCAGUGCCAAAAACGAGAGGCAGACCUCUCUCAACCGCCUACCUCAAACUUCCUCAACUGCCUUCAAGGCCUCCUGAGUAUGGAGAGGAUUCAUGUCAUAAUUCGCUUCCUUCCUGUUAUCUUCAACCAGCUCUUCAAAGUGCUCACCCAAAACGACACUGACGAAGUGACCGCCAGCACCACCAGGGUCCUGGUCCACAUCUUAGCUAAGUGCCACGAGGAGAAGCUGGGCCACUGUUUGCACUCUUACAUAAAGUUUGUCUUUAAGACUGAAGCGUGUGGCUUCAGAACGGUUCACGAAGAGUUGGCCAAGGGCAUGACCUCUGACCUGAAGAGCAACGACCAGUCAGUCAUACGCAGUAUCCUGAAGUUCUCGUGGUUCUUUCUCGAGAUCAUAGUGAAGUCGAUGGCGCAGCAUCUGCUGGACUCAAAUAAGCUUACGCUUCCUCGACCGCAGCGAUUUCCUGGAUCUUUCCAGAGUCGAUUGGAGACCCUGAUCAUGACGAUGUCCGAUCACAUCUUCUGGAAGAAUAAAGAGCUGGCAGAGGAGACACGCAGCGCUAAUAUGGCCAUAGCGGCCUUUGUGAAGCGGUGCUUCACAUUCAUGGACAGAGGUUUCACCUUCAAACUGAUCAGUAACUACAUAAACAUGAUCACAGCCAGUGACAAUAAGACGCUGUGUGAGCUGAAGUUUGAGUUCAUUAGGGAAGUGUGUAACUAUGAGCACUAUUUCCCUCUGAGUCUUCCCAUCCCGUCUGCACGAAUCACAGACAAGGCAUCACCGGAAACCCAAAGUGCUCCGGUGGACUUUCUGGAGUAUAGUUUGACGGAAGAGUUCUGCAGGAAACAUUUUCUCACAGGACUGCUGUUGAGAGAGCUGGGGCUCGCUUUGCAAGACGAGCAAGCCCUGAGACACCUCGCCCUGGCCUGCCUGAAGAACCUCAUGGCUAAACAUUCAUUGGACUCCCGUUAUGCCAUAAAGGAGAAACAGGCACGGAUAGCCUCUCUGUACCUGCCUCUUUAUGGUCUGAUCCUUGACAACAUGCCUCGCUUCUUCCUCAGAGAUCUGUUUCCAAUCUGCCUGACGGCCAGCAACCAGGGUUCCAGAGAUGAUGUCAGUGUCGGAGUAGGUUUAGCAGGUCAGGUGACCCAUGUUUUACGCCAUGGGAACUCGAUGGAUGCGUCCUUCUCCAAGGAAGUGCUCAACUCCAUUACAGCCUUUUCGUCAUUGGCCGUAUCAACCGCUAACAAUGCAGACUCCAGAGGCUCUCUCAUCAGCAUCGAGUCGAACCCCAGCAACAGUGACCGCAUCAGUGAGAAGAUUGAUGGAUGUGAAAAGUUUGCCAGGCCGCAGUCUCUCAUUGGGUUUGGUGCACGCUUUGACAAACUGGAUCAAGCAGAGACCAGAAGUCUGCUCAUAUGUUUCCUUCACAUCAUGAAGACCAUUUCAGAGGAGGUGCUGGUUUCAUACUGGCAUCGAGCCAUUCACCAGGAGAUCAGUGAUUUCUUCAAUAUCCUGGAACUAUGUCUCCAACACUUCCGGUUCCUUGGAAAGCGUCACAUUGCCAGGAAGCUAGCGGCCGCCAUUAAGCUGGCUCAGGCCACACAGAACAAUGGCACCCUGAAGGGGUCUAACGUGUCUUGCCAGUCUUCAGGGCUCCUACCCCAAUGGAUGCUCUCUGCUCAGGACGGGCACAGACACGCCCGCUCACAGACCAUGCCCAUCAUCAGGGGGAAGAACGCCCUCACCAACCCCAAACUGCUGCACAUGAUGGAGACAGAUGGAAAUGCAUCUGAAGGAGAAAACGUCAGCCCCACAGAUAUUGAAGCCAAUCUUUCUACUGAAGUCGCUCUGACUGUGUUGGAUAUUCUGGAUCUGUUUGUUCAUCAUCACAAGAAACGGUUGCAGCACGAUGAAGGGCAAAACUCUCUGAUGAAAAAAGUGUUUGACACGUACCUGCUGUUCUUCCAGAUCAGCCAGUCCACCAGCACCCUCAGACACGUCUUCACCGCCCUGCGCCUCUUCAUUCACAAGUUCCCGUCCGUGUUUUUCCAGGGUAAAGCGGAUCUGUGUGGGAGUCUGUGUUAUGAGAUCCUGAAGUGCUGCAACCAUCGCUCCAGCUCCACACAGACCGAAGCCGCCGCGCUGCUCUACUUCCUCAUGAGGAGGAACUUUGAGUUUACAAAGAGCAAAUGCAUCGUCCGCUCACACCUGCAGGUGAUUAAAGCUGUAAGUCAGCUGAUCGCUGAUGCAGGUAUCGGUGGUUCACGCUUCCAGCAGUCUCUGGCCAUCAUCAACAACUUCGCCAAUGGAGACGCGCCACUUAAAAACACAACACUCCCGGCUGAGGUGAAGGACCUGACCAAGAGGAUACGCACCGUCCUGAUGGCCACCUCCCAAAUGAAAGAGCAUGAAAAGGACCCGGAGAUGUUGGUGGACCUGCAGUACAGCCUCGCCAACUCCUACGCCAGCACACCUGAGCUCAGAUGCACCUGGCUAGAGAGCAUGGCCAAGAUCCACGUUAGGAACGGAGACCUGUCUGAGGCGGCCAUGUGCUAUAUCCACAUCUCAGCCCUCAUAGCAGAGUCUCUGCGGAGGAGAGUGCUGCACUUCAUAAUGAAAAAUGCUCAUUCCUGCCACUUGCUUUAUUCCUUAUACUGUUACUGGAAGUCUGAGAAGGGUCGGAUCUCAAGUGUGAGCAAAGAGGGAGCCUGUGUAAUUAACUCUAGCCCCUUACUAACUCCCCACGAUGGAGAAACAUCGUUCAGUAUGGGCUGGGCCGCCUUCAUGAGCAUCUCUCCUAAUGUGAAAGAAGAGGGAGCGAUGAAGGAGGACGCCGGCACUCAGGACACUCCGUACUUCUCUUACUAUUUCUGCCAUAUAAAGACGCGCUAA